GCGCGAGUCGUGAACGAUUUGGUGCUGGUCGAAUGACGCGUGAGACGGAUCGCGAGAGUUUCGGAUUAGUUUCGACAGGCAAACGAGGAUCGAAGGGUCGCCGUUGGAUCCAACAUGGGUAACUUGUCUUUAUUAGAACGUAAACGAGGAUCCGCGAUUCUCGCGUGACACGCGAUACCGUUAUUGCCGAGGUGUAAUUAUAAUUCUAGACCUUGAGGUUUGUUGGUGAGCUAAAUCGAGCGUGGUUAGAUCGUCUUCGCGGCACAGGUUGGCUCGACCAACUUUGUAAAUCGUUGCGUUCUUCUCGUGAUCUCAUUCCGCAUGAUCUUGGGCUUUUUUCGCUUAUGAUCGAACGAUACUUGGACGAGGCGGGAAAUGCUAGAUUCAGGUGGACGUACGAUGGUAACUCGCCAACUGGACGGAGAAAGAGAUCGAGAAAUUAGUUAUCUUGGAGCACGCCAAGCAAGGCGGUAGGGCUUUCGAUUAAACGAGAUUCGUGGCGCGUAUAAACGGUCGAUGUAAUCGCGUUUCUUUCAGCGACAGAACUCGAGACGAAGUUGUCGCGUGGCUACCGUGUCGAAAGAAAAGUAGAAGAAAAGCCGUGCAUGACUCUAGUGGGUAAUUCCGAAGGACGAGUAAAGUGGCACGAAUAAAAGUUUACGUUCUGCUGACGAUUGGUUAGACACGAGAAAUCCUCGUUUUCGAAGUCCGCUGGGAGGAGGACGAAAACGACGGCAGAGCGAAUCUAUUCCUCUGAUACAAAGAUCGAGGCUCUUAACAAACGAAAUGACUCGAACGUAUCAGGAUUCCUUCAAAAUUAGGUCCUUUCCUAAUUAAUCGCGUCUCCUCGCGGCAAAUUUUCGAUAUCGAAGGUUCAACGAACAAGUGUAAUCGUUCGGAUCGACCGUUGUUCUCGCGACCGAAGCUCGACGUCGACGGUUCUUUGGCUUAUCGAAAGAAUUAUCGAUGAGAACGUGCGGAUCUGGACUCGUUUCAUUCUAUCGUGAAAAGUGAAAGAAUAAAAAAAGAAAGAAAGACGGAAGAAAGCGGAAUCGCGCGCGGGGUACUAAAAGAAGAAACACGGUUAAACGUAGGGAAGCUGCUUAGGGACGCUUUCGUGAUCGUCGAACACCGUCACCACCACCACCAGCGCUGCUUUCCAUACGCUGUAAAGCUCCAAAAAACCAACUACUCCUUGGACUUGAAAACAUCUCGAAACAAUUACAUCGCUCGGCCACCACGUGAUACGGCGAACAAAAAAAAAAAAAAACAGAUAAGAAUAACAAAAUUAAAACGAAAGUAAAGAAAAGAGAAUAAAACAAAGUAGCGGGAAAACACACGAGAACCAGACGUUCCUCCCUGUUCGUUACUUGUCUUUGUCACACUGUACCUGUCUCUUUCACACACUUGUCAGUCAUGAAUCUUAUGUUCCGCAAGAACUUCGGCGAGAAGGGAUUCGGUGGUGGUGGAGGAGGAGGAGGAGGAGGCCUGGAGGGUCGAACGACCCUCGGCUCCGUUUGCGGGCCGACGAAUUUGGGGUACACGGGGACUCGAUUCGGCGUGGUGCGCGGCGCCGGCCAAUCGGCCGUCGGCACGCGCGCACCGAUCCGACGCAGUAAAGAGUUCGGCUACUUUCCCUCGAUGGGCGAUCACGAGCACCAGGGCUUCGGGUACCGGACUCAUCUGUUUCUAACGCCACCGACAGGCGGUGCCCUCGGUUCGCCCCCCGAGGAACCCACCGAGAGGUUAGGUCCACCGCCUAGGAAGAAUUCCGGACCUCAUGUGAUCAAAUGGGGUGGAGGAGGAGGCGGGGGCGGUGGAUCGGGACAGGGAUCCGGAGCCGGGGCACAGGCUAGAAGGAAACAGAAUCAGACCGCGCAGCAAAAGGAUUCCUCGGAACCCUCGACGCCAACCGCUUCUAGACAGGUUUCCUUUAGCGGUAACCGAGCUUCCGGCGCGUACACGCCCCUGGUGGUUUCCGGAAACAGUCCUCCGCGUGGCGAACCAAUCUCCCUGGCCACCUUGGACCGCGACUGUUUCAUCAUUCCCCUCGCUUCUCUUGAACGUUUUUUACCAGCGGGAGUACCGAUUUAUUCUGACUCGUUUCAGCACGCACCAAUCGCAGACAAAAAAAGGCCAGGAAGCCCUUUGUCGGUUCUCGAAGUCGAGGACCCGAAGCAAUGUGUUCUAGCUCAUUUCAUGACACCUCUGGAGCCACUGGAUCCUGUGGUCGAAUCUCCAGUUUCUCAGCCCUUGGUCCUGCAACGGGAUACCGCGGCCGAAUUGGUCGCUGAAAUCGCACCCUCAGCUUCCCAGAGUAUUCUGCUUACGAAUAUGGAAAAAAAUGCGGAUUUUCCAUUCAUCACGUACUACUUGAUAAAUAAGCAGAAUACGGAUCCCGUAGACUUCUACAACGAGGUCCAAUGCGCUGCAUUGAGAAAGUUCGAUCCUCGAGAUCUUCGAUAUGCAGCCAGUCACACGUUGGAUCUGUUUAACGAGGUAGCUACCAUAGCGAGACCACCCCUGGAACCACCUGGUGUCAGACCGCCGAUUCCGUCCACUGGCUACAUUGUCUCGAUUUUUAAGGUGUUCGAGGGCGACGACGGUCUCAAGUUUGAGCAGAACUGGCUCUACUGGACCGGUGCCCGUAUGAUGUACCGAUAUUUGCCGAAAUCGGUGGGUCUAAGACGAAUCACACUGCACAAGUCCAUGUCGCAGGGUGACAAGAUGUACCUCCUGAUCUGCGAAUGUUCACAACUGCAAGACAAUCUCUCCGCGGCGGCGAUAUUAUUGCCAGCGUUACGCGCCCGUUUAUGCGGCUACACCGGCCUCUACAGACCCUCGGUGUGCUUCUGAUUCCUCAGGAAAGGCUGACCACGCGCCGACAAAGUCACAACAGUACAGCAGAACAGCAUUACUCUGUAAAGUUGUUCGUUUCCGAAGGAUGGAUCGAACGAAAGGCUGGCCUGUGUCGAUUCGUUCAUGUUGCAUUCGCGUUACGACUAGAGUUUGCGAUGUAACGUGGUUUGUAAUGAUCGUCGACUCACUAAACGCAAUACUCUUUAGUCGAUAAGGGUUUCUUGAUCUCGAGUAUGUCCAGAGGAUUGAUUUGAUCAGCGAAAGACAUAGAAAUGUAAAGGUUUAUGGUUACACGGUAACCAUGCGUAUAACGAGGAAGCUUUUUAGGGCUCGUUUCGUUCAGUCGUAAUAGCAGCCUCUGCGAUAUUGGUAGUCCGCUUUCUGUACGAUACACUUUGAUCGUUUCAUGAAUUUUCCCGGUUUUAUAAAGUCACUUAUUUUCUUAUAUCGCACCAUCUACCAUCGUGGUGUAACGAGUUCCGCGUGACUGUAACGCUCUACUCGCCACUUUACUGGAGCCGUACUGCCGACGUUAUUACGAAUCUCGCAAUUUUACGAAACGAGCCCUUCCUUUACCAGAGUUCAAUGGCCAGCCAACUGGGAGAGAAUCGGAGAUCUAUUUGUCUCGUGAUCUCUGGUCGCAACGAAAUGGUAAAAAAUAUCGUUAGAGGGAGGCACGUUCGUAUACGCUUUAGAGAAAUCUCGAUGAUAAAUCUGUACGCUUCGGGCUGCACACCCGUCUAGCUACGCCUCUGGCCAGUUUGUAUUUUUCGACUUUACAUAUUUCAUCCACCGUUUUAUGCGAGCGUUCGCAACGCUCGAUAACGAGCGCAACUUGCAUGUACAUAACAUAGAGAUUUGCGAGAUACUUUUAUUACUAUAUCGACGACUAUCGAUUAAAUCGCUAACUACAUAUCAUAUACAUGUAUACUCGAAAAACUGUGAUAUUCGAACGAUUACCGCAUAUAUCACAACGAACGCAAUGAGGUGUCGCGAAUCCUUCUUGAUAAAAAAGAUACUCUUUGAAAAUGCUACACACACUCUUUUUCGAGGUCAGUUAGAGAAGAAAAAUUAAACCUUGACGUGGUAGAAGCUCUUCUGGUCGAGCGCAUUUUGUAAACAUAAUCUCCAUAUAUCUUUUACUAAUUGCAUUCACACCUUUGAUAUUACAUAUCCUUGCCUGGAUUAUCGAUACUCGCGGGUUUUGAUUGCAGCUGAAAUAAUUCACGAAUGAAUUAUCACUUCGAAGUUGAAACACCGAAAUCGAUCGAUAAGAUCGUCGUUUAACUUUUGAAUUUGUAUUUUAUUCGUCUUAUUAACGAUGAAAGGGUAGAUCUCCCGCGUCUUUUUUUUCGUUGGGAGAAAUAAGUAGGUCGAUCGAAAGACACGGGAAAAGCUUAUAUCAGAUCUUUCUUAGGUGCCCGUAGAAAUUUUAGGAUGAGGACGAGUAGCGUGAUUCGGCAUUGUAGUACAAAAGAUGAGAAAACAAAAGAUAAAAACGUAUAGUCAAUAUACGCUUGUUGCAUACAGACAAUAGCUAGGACGAUUGCGCAGGCGCGAUCUAUUAACGUAGAUUUUUAAGGAUUCGACGGCGUAUGACUUAUUAAAAUACGUCUCUUCGUACUCGCUGAAACAAAAAUGUGGAACAAGAUACCCUUUAAAUAUAAGACGAACAAACAAACAAACGAGAAAUAAAAAAACUCGCGAUUUUACUGUGAUCUCCACGUGUAUCGCGACUGAAACGAUACACUCGUAAAAAUACAUGUACGAUUGAACGCGGCUUAAGGACCGCGUGUGACUGCGUGUCUCGAUUAUACGAGGUGUGAUUGGUUUUGUCUCAUUAAAGAGAAACGCCGUUAAAUAAAGAUUCUUUGUCUGCACAAGUUUGUUUACGAGAAUACUUUUGCUCCCACGUGGGAGUAAUGCCUCUUCAGGGUAACUUUCCGAUCGUAUCAGAAUUCGAGUUCUAUCCGCGGAUCCGAUCACCAGAUUCUGACAGUUUCGUCAGACAAAAGUGAGAUUGUACGAUACAUUGAUACUUUGCGAUUAUGAUAGGGUUUAUUAUAUCGUGUACAACGAAUAAUAACGGAAUACUAAUAAAUCACUUCUAAUAUUA